AUGAGCCACGGCGAGAAGGAUCUGGAGUCUGGCAAAGCGACACAGAUUCCACAUUUGAAGCAAGUCUUCGAUCAAGCCGGCAUCACUCCAGAAGUUGUGAAUCACCACUAUCAUGGUUCUGGUACUGAGGACGAUCCAUACGUUGUCACAUGGAUUGACAACGACCCUCGCAACCCCAUGAGGUAUGGCGCAGUCAAGAAAUGGAGCCUCACCAUGCUUGUAGCAUUUGCUACACUGGCCGUGGCUUUUGUGUCCAGCGCAUUCUCUGGUGGUAGCAAGGAAGUCAUUGAGGAGUUCCAAUGCAGUCAGGAGGUCUUCACCCUCGGCCUGUCGUUGUUCGUUGUUGGCUUUGCGGUCGGCCCACUGUUAUGGGCACCGUUAUCCGAGCUAUUCGGCCGUCAAGUACUCUACGUGAUAACCUACGGCGCACUUACGGCAUUUAAUGCUGGUGCUGCUGGCUCGAAAAACAUCUGGACUCUGAUCAUCAUGCGAUUCUUCGCCGGAGCUUUUGGUUCUUCGCCUCUGACCAAUGCUGGCGGUGUCAUCGCCGAUAUCUUCCCAGCUAAGGAGCGUGGUCUCGCAAUGUCGCUCUUUGCGGCAGCACCAUUCCUUGGACCAGUCAUCGGGCCCAUCGUCGGUGGUUUUGUAGGCGAGACUAUUGGUUGGCGUUGGCUGGAAGGCAUCAUGGCCAUCUUCACUGGAGCUCUUUGGAUCCUCGGAUCAUUUCUUAUACCUGAGACGUAUCCUCCAGUCAUUCAGCGCCAGCGUGCCAAGAAGCUGAGCAAGAUGACUGGUAAGGUAUAUCGUAGCCAAGGUGAUGUCGACCAAGGGCCGACCACAUUUGGCCACGUCUUCAAGACUUCGCUUUCUCGACCGUGGAUUCUGCUCUUCAAGGAGCCGAUCGUCCUACUCUUGAGUAUUUACAUGGCCAUCAUAUAUGGCACGCUCUAUAUGCUGUUCGGCGCCUUCCCUAUCGUGUACCAGGAGAAUCGUGGCUGGAGUGCAGGUAUCGGUGGCCUGGCGUUCCUUGGUCUCGCCGUUGGCAUGGUCAUCGCUGUGGCGUACUGUAUCUGGGACAAUAAGACAUAUGUCAAGGUGGCAGACGCAAACGAUGGCUUUGCGCCUCCAGAAGCCCGUCUACCCAUCUGUAUGAUCGGUGGAAUUGCUAUACCGAUUGCCCUCUUCUGGUUCGCGUGGACCAAUUAUCCCAGCAUACACUACAUGGUAUCCAUAGCUGCCGGCGUACCUUUCGGGUUUGGCAUGAUCCUAGUCUUCCUGGGCAUCAUGAAUUACCUCAUCGAUAGUUACACCAUCUUCGCAGCCUCCGUCCUUGCGGCCAACGCUGUGCUCCGUUCGGUCUUCGGCGCGAUGUACAACGGUCUGGGCAUACAUUGGGCUUCAUCUGUCCCAGCAUUCCUGGCCUUGGUCUGUGUUCCUUUCCCAUUCUUGUUUUACAAGUACGGACCACAGAUCCGGAAGAAGUGCAAGUAUGCUGCAGAGGCUGAGGCCUUCAUGAGAAAGAUGCAGCAACAGAUGCAGGACAGUGAGGAACAUGACGAAGGCACUAGUGAUGCCGAUACUGCUGUUGCCUCGCCUCAUGAGGAGGACAAGGCUGAGAAGGAGAAGGAAGGUCAGGAAGAACGAGAAGACGAAGAGCAAGAAGCUAUCGAUUACUCGUACGAGCCGGAACGUAUGGCGCAGACGGGCAGCACAUUCGAGACAAUCAAGACGAAGCAGCGACGACCAUCUGGUCCGGCCCAUACCAGGUCUUACGACUAUAGCCCUUUCGACCUGGACCGCAUCAAUACCCGUGAGAGUUUCAGGAACGAGAGGGGUAGUCUAUCGAGAACGAGCUCCAGGAGAAGCACUCGUUCUCGUGCAGAGUCUCAGGCGGGUAGACGGUAA